CAAAAAUCGAUCAACAGCUGCACCCUGCUUUUCCAUAUCAAUGUCUUUCUUCGAGUAUAUAUGCUUUUAUAAAGUCUCUUCAAUUCUUCUUUCAUUGAGCAGUUAGUUCGGGGACUUUGAAAAAAUGGUAUCUGAGUUAAUAAAUGCGAAUCCAGUCAUCUAUGAAAAGAAAGAGCGGCGGGUUCGUAGUGUUCCAAGUGCUGCAGAUGAAUAUGCUGUUGAACCAAUUGACCAAGAGGAAAUUUUUGAUCAUAUUAGAGAUAUUAAAGACCCGGAACACCCUUACUCUUUGGAAGAGCUCAAAGUAAUUUCAGAAGAUGCAAUUGAAGUAGAUGAUGGUCGUGGUCAUGUUAGGGUCACAUUUACUCCUACUGUUGAACAUUGCAGUAUGGCAACAGUUAUUGGUCUUUGCAUACGUGUUAAACUCUUAAGGAGCCUGCCUUCUCGUUUCAAGGUGGACAUUAGGGUGGCACCUGGAUCUCAUGCAACUGAAGCUGCAGUUAAUAAGCAACUGAAUGAUAAAGAGCGGGUAGCAGCGGCAUUGGAAAACCCAAAUGUUGUGGAAAUGGUUGAUGAAUGCCUUACUCCUUCAUAUGAUUGAAUGGGUUGAUCAUAAUGUGUAAGCCUCGCUUCUCGAAAACACCAGUGUAUUCAUCAGUUCUGCCACAUUCUCAAAUAGAAGAUGGGUUACAUUCCUCCGUUCACCACUCAUCUUGAAGUGUGUGGUUAGUAAACACCGUGAGUAAUUCGAGUGGACUCCUCUCUCAUCUAGCCAUCAGUAUACAAUUUUUCUACCGUGAUACUAUUACUGAAUCCUUCUGGCCACUCCAGCUUGUAUUUUCUGAGUGGCGAGCUAGAUAGAUAUGACUACAAAGAAUUGAAAAAUAAUGCGCAUUCUUAGAAUGUGAGCAUUAUAGUUGGCUUGUCCAAUGAAAUUUUGCAUUGUUGUACCCCGAGUCCCUGACAAAGCACUGGUGUGUUGUGGUACUUGAGGCCUAGUGAGGGCGACUGCCCUGGGUGAUUUUUUAUUUUUCAUUUCUUGUUUUCUUUAGUAAUGCAGAAAUACAUUGAUCAGCUUUCUCUAUAAUAAUCUUUUCCAACA